AUGGGCGCCGCAGCUUCUUCGCCAGGCGGUGACGCCCGGAAGCGAGCUGCAGAGGACAGCCGCGCGAGUGCGGCGCACCCCCUGGAUCUCUUCUCGUCUUCCGGGGCCGUCGUCGACGUGCCCGCCUCGUCUUCGGGCGUCCAGCACGUCCUGAUUCUCGGCAAGGACUUCGUGAACCACUACGCCGUCAACAGCCCUGUCUCUCAGUCGCCGCCCUUCCUCCCGCUCCAGGCUCCUCCGCAGUCUGAGGCGCGCGGGCGCGGAGAGUCGAGUGCGGCGGUCAUCGCCUCGUCCCCCCCCGCGCCGGACUCGGCGGCCGCGGCGCGCGAAGGAGACAGUCUCCUCGGCGCGGGGGCGGAAGGCCGCUCGACGGAGGUAGCGCUUCCGCCGGCUCUCCACGCCGUCCAGCAGAAGAACGCGCUGCUCGCCGACAUGCGCGACCACCUGAAGACUGCCCUCGCAGAGCAGAUUGCCGCGCUCAAACUCGGCAUGGCGAACUGUCCCCUGACGGCUGCAGCGGUCGCUUCAGCCUCGGCGACCACGACCGCGGCUCUGCGCGACCCCGGUGCGGGCGCGGCGGGGGCCGAUAUGCAGCCUCUGAAGCCCUCCUGCGCGCAUCCGCAGCUGCAGGUCCUUCGGUGCUAUCAGCGACUCAGAGCCGCGCGAGAGAGAGACUCGGACGCCCUCGCCUGCCGAAACGCGAUUGCAGACCUCCGCGCAUGCAGCGACGAACGCACUCAACUCGGCGACCACGCGUGGGCGUAG